GAAAGAAAAAUAGGAGAAAAAGAUGAAAAAUCACACAUAGACCCUUUCCUCUCUCGAUACUAUAACUGCGAAUGCGUAGGGGACAGUGAGAGCCAGAUGUCUCCUCUAUAUAGUUCGUAACGCCUCUUUCUUACCUCUCAUUCAUGCAUUAGCAAUAUUUCUCAAUCUCUCUUCUUACCCAUUUCCUCCCCCCCUCUUUCUCUUUUCUUGUUCUGUUUUUAUUUUCACUGUUCUCUGAUAACAACGUUGUUAGUUGUCACCAUGGUUGUUCUGUCUCAGCCAGCAUUAAACCAGUUUUUCCUUCUGAAAACAUGCAAGCCCACGCCCUUGUUCGCGGGGAUUCCUGUGGUCGACCUCACGGACCCCGAUGCCAAGACCCACAUAGUCAAUGCCUGCAGGGACUUCGGCUUCUUCAAGCUCGUGAACCACGGUGUUCCGUUACAGUUCAUGGCCAAUUUGGAAAACGAAACCCUCGGGUUCUUCAAAAAACCUCAAUCCGAGAAAGACAGGGCUGGUCCCCCUGACCCUUUUGGCUACGGCAGCAAGAGGAUUGGCCCUAACGGCGAUGUCGGUUGGGUCGAAUACCUCCUUCUCAACACCAACCCUGAUGUCAUCUCCCCCAAGUCACAGUUCAUUUUCAGAGAAGGUCCUCAGAAUUUCAGGGCGGUGGUGGAGGAAUACAUUAGAGCGGUGAAGAACAUGUGCUAUGAGGUGUUGGAAUUGAUGGCUGAGGGAUUGGGGAUAACGCAGAGGAAUGUGUUGAGUAGGUUGCUGAAGGAUGAGAAGAGUGAUUCUUGCUUCAGACUUAACCACUACCCGCCAUGCCCGGAGGUGCAAGCAUUGAACGGAAGGAAUUUGGUUGGAUUUGGAGAGCACACAGACCCACAGAUAAUUUCUGUCUUGAGAUCUAACAGCACCUCAGGCCUGCAAAUCUGUCUCACAGAUGGCACUUGGGUUUCUGUCCCACCUGAUCAAACUUCCUUUUUCAUCAAUGUUGGUGACACUCUUCAGGUAAUGACUAAUGGGAGGUUUAAAAGUGUAAAGCAUAGAGUUUUGGCUGACCCAACCAAGUCAAGGUUGUCAAUGAUCUACUUUGGAGGACCACCCUUGUGUGAAAAGAUAGCACCUUUACCUUCACUCAUGUUAAAAGGAGAAGAGAGUUUCUACAAAGAGUUCACAUGGUGGGAAUACAAGAAGGCUGCGUACGCGUCAAGGCUAGCGGAUAAUAGACUCGGCCCUUUUGAGAAAUCUGCUGCUGAUUAAGGAGGCAAAGUGUGUCAAAAUUCUACUACUCAAUUUUGGCACGUGUUGUUAGGCCAACUUUUUUAUUUUUUAUUUUUUUUGGGUGUGUGUAUCUAGGUUCCAAACAGUUGACUUUACUUGAGAUAUAUAGAAAAUGAAUAGGUUGCUUAUGCACUUCCUUUUAAUCCUUGUUCUUUUUCUUGUUUGAUUGAAGUGUAAUAGUCACUACUGCCCUUCUAUUAUCAAUGAAACGCAACUCUAGUCACAGCUUUUCAUUAA